UGAUUAUUCCCCGGCUUGAAAUAGUGAGCGCGAUUUCGCUCUGCGCCACGUGGCGGGAAAAUCUAGGGGGUGCCUAUGGUAGUCCGCGCCGCAGAUGACUCAUCGUCUCAGUUUAAAGCCUCACUCAAUUUCUCUAAGCACAGCGUGUUUCUUUUCGCACUUUUUUUGUGAGAAUUUCAUAUCUAAUUUUUUAAAAAACCCAAAAACGUUUCUUUUCUUCUCCGACUUGGCGUGGACGGAAAAUCUGGCCGCCGAUCAGUGGAGAUUAGUUUCAGAAAAAGCCAGCCAGCCACAGAAGAAAUUAGGCGCGAUGAUGCAUUUAUUCUGAUUUUUUGCUUUUGAAAUGGGAGUUCUUCCGUGACCUGAGAUUUUGCAAUUUCAAACGGAAGGUUCUAGAUGUCUUUUCAGAACAACAUCUUUUGGUUGCCCAAUGGCUCUGGUUCUGUGGCUAAUGGGGAGAUCUGUUAUGAAACUUCAACAAGAAUAGAUCAGAAACGUCCUCAUCAGUAUUUUAUGGAUUCUUCUGAGCAGGAGUUAGUUGUUAGCAAGAAGCAAGCAGUAGAGCCUUUUAAAGGAACUUCAGGACCUGUAGUUAUGGAAAGUUCUUUUUGGCAUGAUGGUUCCCACUUUCAGUCUGAAAGUCUAAUCCCAAGCCUGUUCACCCCCAAGCCGGUGCAGAGUUCUAAUUUUUCUGAUAAUAAUAAUCCCCCCGUUACGGCUUCCAUGAAUAUGGAAAGGAAGGAACCAGGGAACCAAUUCGGAAAUGACUCAUCGGUUUGUUUAACCAUGUCUCAUGCAGUCAAUGACACUUUGUGUCUGAACUCUGGACCUAGGAAAGUAAAAGUCAAUGAGGUAAGGAUACCAGAGAAUUGUUUGCCUGAGUUUGUUGGAAGUACCUUUACCCGUGGUGAGAAGAAUGAUGCUAUGACAAGCACAUUUCAAAGGACUAGCAAUAACAUGUUUACUAGACCUAGUUAUAAUACUGAAUUGGGAAAUGCUAUUUCAGUGGAUCCUGCUUACAGUAAGCUAGACAAAAAUUUUGUUUCAGUUGGGAACUCCUCCAGCAAGAGAGAUGGAAAUUUUAUACUCUCCAGUCAGUACUACAAUGGGAUAGAUAACAAUGUGCUGUCUAUUGGUCAGGCCUUCAACAGAGGGAAUUACAACAUUAAUGCCCUUGGAGAGCAGUAUGAAAAGGAAAAUGGAAAUUUUUCAUCAGUUUGUCCUACAUACAAUGGUGGCCAGGAGAAUCUAUUUGCAUUGGAGCCUUUCUACAGUAAAGUAAAUGAGACUUUCAUAUCUGCAGGUCCCAAUAAGGGGGAGACUCAUAUUGCUUUUCAAGGUGAGCAGGAUGCAACUGUUGCUUUAGGAGCUCUCUACAAUAAAGAAAAUUCGAGCAUCCUUUCAAUGGUUGAGCACUCUAGAAAGGGCGAGGAAACUACCAUAUCUUUCGGAGGCUUUCAGAAUAAUGUUGAAGAGAGGGAUAACUCUGGAAGGCUCAUAAGUAGCUAUGAUGUUUUGCUAAAUCAAUCCUCUGCUCAGUCUUCCGGGGCACUGGGGCAAAAAGAUUCUACAGAUCAGCUAAGUGACAAUGCUAUCUCGGCGUCUUCGUUGCAGCCUGAUGGUGCGCCUAAGAAUAAGGAUCAAAAGACCAAAAAAGGAUCGUCAAAUAAUUUCCCUUCAAAUGUUAAAAGCUUGUUGUCCACUGGCAUUCUUGAUGGGGUUCCAGUGAAAUAUGUUUCAUGGUCAAGAGAGAAAAAUCUUAGGGGAGUGGUAAAAGGGACUGGUUACUUGUGUAGCUGCCAGGAUUGCAAGCUUUCUAAGACUAUCAAUGCAUAUGAGUUUGAGCGCCAUGCUGAUUGCAAAACCAAACACCCUAACAACCAUAUUUACUUUGAGAACGGGAAAACAAUUUACGCAGUGGUCCAAGAACUGAAGAGCACCCCUCAGGAAAUGCUCUUUGACGUGAUACAAAAUGUAACAGGAUCUGCAGUCAAUAUGAAAAACUUCAAUAUUUGGAAAGCAUCAUAUCAAGCUGCAACCCGAGAACUUCAACGUAUUUAUGGGAAGGAUGACUUGAUCGUGCCAUCCUGAUAUGUUAUCUUUCAUGUUAUCAAGGUCUGUUGAUUAACUGUUGUCCACCUAGCUUGUCUAAAUGACAGUAGGAAUCGAUCAACUCUGGAACAUAAGAUUUGUUGAUCGUGAAUCUAUGUUGUAUUUUGGAUGUGUAACUUGUUUUUAACAGUACUGUUCAGCUUUAUUUAAUGCAUAUCCUCUUUCAUGGGAGAUCUUUUAAGUGAUCA